UGUCUAUGCUCCUAGGGGUGGGUAGAGCGUCGUCUUGGCACUGAGGCAAAGAACAGGCCUCUAUGACUGGAGGCGGGUGAGCGUGGGCUCCCCCCCACCGAGGCGGAAGUGACGGCAGACGCACAGCGCCGUGGAGGCGGUGGUUCCCGUGUGCGUCGGGGUCGGUGUGCAGAGUAGCUCCAAGAGAGGCGGAGAGCGAGCCGCGGGACUCAGGGAGAGUGAUUAAAAACAGGCCUGUCUUCUCCUGGAUGAAGAUGUAAGUGAGCAUCCACCCAUGGGAUCCUAGUCCUCCAUACUCAUAACACACACAUAAUGAGUGAUCACGUGUCAGAAAUAUGGCUACAGACUGGCUUGGAAGCAUUGUGUCCAUUAACUGUGGAGACAGCCUGGGAGUCUAUCAGGGACGAGUGUCAGCUGUGGAUCAGAUCAGCCAGACCAUCUCCCUGACGCGGCCUUUCCAUAAUGGGGUCAAGUGCCUUGUGCCAGAGGUCACCUUCAGGGCAGGUGAUAUUACUGAGCUAAAGAUUCUGCAGAUCCCAGGUCCUGGGGACAGCAAACAGAGUGGGGACCUGCAGCAUACCAAACUGGGCAUUCCUGGCGUUGGGUGCCAAGUGGGUACCAAUCAAAACGGCACUGGCAAAUUGCUAAAGAAGCCUACCUCUUCCAGCAGUGCCCCCCAGGCUAUCCCAAGGAGAACGGACAUGAAAAAUCAGGAAGUUGUCAUCUCCCCACAACAGCAACAGUGCUCUAAGAGCUACAUGGACCGACAUUUGGAAUCUGUGAAUCAGUCCAAAGGUUUCCGUCGUAGACACAACUCCUGGUCAUCCAGUAGCCGCCACCCAAACCAGGUGACUCCAAAGAAGAGUGGCCUGAAGAACGGUCAGAUGAAGAGUAAAGACGAUGAGUGUUUUGGAGAUGACAUUGAGGAAAUCCCAGACACAGAUUUUGAUUUUGAAGGGAAUCUGGCUCUUUUUGAUAAGGCAGCAGUGUUUGAAGAGAUUGACACUUAUGAGAGGAGGAGUGGCACUCGCUCCAGGGGUACCCCCAACGAGAGGCCAGCUCGCUACCGGCAUGACGAGAAUAUCCUGGAAUCAGAGCCCGUCGUCUACAGACGGAUCGUCGUACCCCAAAAUACUAACAAGGAAUUCUGCACUGACUCUGGGCUAGUCGUCCCAAGCGUCUCUUAUGAACUGCACAAAAAGGUGCUUUCAGUAGCUGAGAAACACGGCCUGACUCUGGAGCGCAGACUGGAGAUGACUGGGGUGUGCGCCAGCCAGAUGGCAUUGAGUCUGCUCGGAGGACCCAACAGGUUGAAUCCUAAAAAUGUUCACCAGCGACCCACGGUGGCUCUGCUGUGCGGCCCCCACGUGAAGGGGGCCCAGGGAAUCAGUUGUGGACGGCAUCUUUCCAACCAUGACGUUCAUGUCAUUCUCUUCCUGCCCAACUUUGUCAAGAUGCUGGAAUCCAUCACUAAUGAGCUGAACCUCUUCAGCAAGACCCAAGGCCAGCAGGUGUCCAGUGUCAAAGAUCUCCCAGAUACCCCUGUUGACCUGGUGAUAAACUGCCUGGAUUGUCAUGAAAAUGCUUUCCUGAGAGAUCAGCCUUGGUACAAAGCAGCUGUGGACUGGGCCAACCAGAACCGAGCCCCUGUCCUCAGCAUAGACCCUCCUAUGAGUGAAAUGGAGCAGGGCAUUGAUGCCAAGUGGUCACUGGCCUUGGGCCUGCCCCUGCCCCUGGGUGAGAGGGCAGGGCGAGUAUAUCUGUGCGACAUUGGCAUUCCGCAGAAAGUCUUUCAGGAAGUGGGAAUAAACUACCACUCACCCUUUGGCUGCAAAUUUGUCAUUCCAUUGCAUUCAACAUAGAGCAGACCCUGCAGUGUAUCAGCCCUGGAGGGGGAGAUGGGGCGGAGUCCUGCCUAGCAAGCUGUAUAAAGGAUCCUGACAAGUAAACUCUUGACGCCUUAAGGAUGUGAAGUGCUGGAGUUUUCUUCCAGAAGAAAUAUGCGUAUUAAAAACAAAAAAAACGAAGGGAGCAAAUGUUACUGCAAGAUGCUUUCUCUCUCUCCCUCAUGCCAUUGGAUGAAGGAAUGUGGAAGAAGCUGGUAUCUAACACUGGGAAAGGCAGUGCCUGCUGCCCAGCACCUGGUCACCAGCCAGAGAAUGGUUAAAGUGGGUGAGAGGGUUUGUUUACAGAUGCAAGUGACUGUCCGACAGCUUGGAGGUUUACAAGAUGAUGCUCUGUUUUUUUUAGUACUUCGGGGGGGGGGGGGGGAAUUUGUGCCCAGCAGGGGGCCCCUUUCAGGAGCAGUACCCCUCAAUGAUAAUGUAGAAAUGUCUUUGUUGCAGUUUUACUGUUUUGAUUUUGUUCUUUAUUUUCUUUUAUGUUCAUGAGAGCAAUUAUAGUUAAAUCUCUUCCUGGAGCUGCCCGGCCCUUGUGGAUGGGGCUCCCUAUUUAGAAAGCGGGUGUAAAGCUUUUGUUCCUUGACUGCUUGCUGAGUGAAUGCUGCCCGGAGUGAGGUGUUUACCAUGGUGUCCUUCCACCAGACAGUGCUUUGGGAAGGGCAUUUUCCUAAGGUGGGUUUUAUUUCUCCAGCGAGCUGAGUAACCGCAGUGAUUUGGAGAAGAUGCGAGGGGAACAGGCAGAUGUUACCCUCUUUUCUUUAAUACCUUGUGCUCAGCACAGGUAGUGUUUGGAUAUAUUAUUGUAGAGCCUCAGUGGCCACCCGCAGCACACCCUGCACCUGAAUGCCAUGCUUCACAAGACAUAUAAUAUUCCAAUCCCUUUGGGAGCAACAGCCACGUCUGGGGGAGGAUUCUCCCUCCUAAAAAGCAUAUGUGCUUUGUUCUAAUGCACUGUUCCACAUGGAUCUCAAUGGAGUCAGUGGAAAUCAUAGGGCACUUGCCUCCCCUGGUUAUGCAAACUGUAAAGAUGAGUCAAAUGCUGUUUGUCUUAGUAUGCAAAGACAGCCGCGUGCGCGCUCUGCAUUAGGGGUGUUAUGGAAGGCUUAUGUUAACUCGUUCGUGGAGGAAUCUUCCUCCAGGCCCCCUUGUCAGCUCCGUGUAGCACUACUAACUGUAGGGCCUCCGGGCCCAGAUGAUGAUGGUACUGUGCUUGGCAAGCUGCUGUGUUAGGCUGUAUUGCCCCUGCAUGCACUAGUGCACUGAAAGCUGGGCCCCUAUACCCCAGGCAUCACCACUGGUAGUGACCACUGUUGUAUCAUGCGGCUUUCAGAAAGCUUUAAGCUUUCCAGCGACAUCACACUUGAGGGGAAGGUCAGAAAACUCUGACCUGAAUUACUGUAGGUAGUCUCACCCUGUUUAGUUUGCUAACUGGUUUUGGGUGGCUGAUUUUUUUUCCUAUAUGCUGCAAGGAAAGCAUUUGUCUUCAUGGCACUGCCUCGAGUAAGAAGUGAUUUGAUGAAUCUUUGGGUGUCUCUGUAGAUCUAUUACGCUGGACCUUUUCUUGUCUCUAAAAGUGCCAAACUAUCAGGGGCUAGUGAUGAGAAAUAUUAAACUUGGACCAAAACAGUGCUCUCUGCCUGAGGGUUUCCUGUAGAGGUAGAGAAGAGAGAGGUGAGGAAUCCUUGAGCCCUGUCCUAGCAAAACAGAGCUAAGUUCCUCUGCUACUGUUUGAACUUUAAGCACAGCCUAUGCUCCCAGCAAAGUUCUGCCUUCAGCAUGGGACUCUACUGGUGUGGUAGGUCUUCAAAGCUUCUGCUGCUGCCUUUCCCAGGGGAGGGAGAUCUUCUUUUGCUGAAGUGUAGAGCAGCUGUUCUGUGAGAAACAAUUGCAGCUGCUGCUUGGGUAUUCAGUAACUGAACUCAUGAAGAAACUGCAUGCAGAGCACCCUAUUCAACCAGCUGGGUUAUGGGGGGAUACAAGUCUGGCACUUGAAUAGUGACAGGAUUUUUAACAUAAAUCAUAGAAUAGCUGAGUGCACCAAGCAAGGUAAAAAAAGAGGGUGGCUGGGAAGAGACUUCCAAAGGAAAUAAGAUUGUUUACCUGAGCAGUGUUCCAAGUUACUGAAGUAUGAGAAAAUACACCAGCCUAAUCUGCAAAGCACUAUUGAAUGGACCCUGGGGGAGGUGGCAAGCUUUCAUUUCAUCCCACAGGGUUUGGGCAGGGGCCUCAGAGAAUAGCCCUGCUCUUAUUCCCUGGUACAUUUGGUAUCUAGGCAGCUCUCUGCUGUAUAAGGUCUUGUUAAAGGACUUCCCAUGCCAAACAGCACAGAACUCAUCUACCUCAUGAGGAUAAAGGGCCUAUGGUUCAGCACAUUUCUCAAUGUGGAGGGUUAGACUACUAAACUGUGUCCACUGAUUUAUGCUUAAUGGCCUUAGUGCUAACACAGAUUCUCAAUGACUAAACUCUUCCCUAACAUAAUUGGGUGUAACAGGCUGUGGUUGUGUGGGUUUCUCUGCAAGGCUUCAAGCACCUAUGCCUUAGGUAAAACACUAGUUUCAGCUUAAUGCAACAGCAUUUAAUAAGGGAUGGCACUUGCCUAGCAAGCAGUGCUGGUUAGUGACAGCAUGGUGAGGGGUUAUCCUUUUAAAAUAAACACAACCCAAGGUUUUUCUCUGCCUUUCUCCUGUAGAUCUUUGAAGUGUGCAUCAGUGGCUAAGGUCCUACCAGCCAUAUUAGAAGGGGUAGCAAGAAUUGCUCAAAGGUUAUUUUUUAAAUAAAGAAUUAAAGUAGUCAUUGUUAUUGCUGCCACAGCACUUGAUGCCUCUGGGCAAGCGACAGGAUUUUAAGUAAGGGUGCGGGCAUUGACAGAUUCUAGAUUGACUCAUCUCAAGCACAACUAAGCAGCUUUGGGACAAGUUGUGUGUUACUAUGCUAAACUUAAUACAUUCUCCCUUUUAAGUAGCACAAGGGUAAGGGUGCUUGCUUUUCUUCUGACAAGCAGAGCUGUAUUCUUGCUAGAGGAAUGAAAUCACUGGCCUUGUCCUAGACCAGAUGCAUUUUGUUGCACAUCCAUGUGAUCAAGUCUUUAGGAUUCUUGGCCCUUUUAUUGUCACACAGCUACUGCAGACCUGGAUGCAAUAGACAACAGCAGGAAGGGAUACAGCCUCCCCUUGCCCCAUUUGUCAGAGCUCUUCGUUAAGAUGCAGGCUUUAAGGGAUGUUAACUUUUAGUGUUUGUCACGAUGUGACCAUUUCCACCAGUGUGUCAGGACUCAGUGGAGUAAAUACUCAGGAGCUCACUUCCCAGGGCCCAGGAAAAGCAGCUGCCUGUAAAUAAGCACUGGAAUGGACUUUGCUUUUCCAGAAAGCAGAAAUGCAACUUUCACUGCUCUGUAGUAACCAGCAGUAGAUUUAAGUUCUGCAUCAUUCCCUCACAGCUUGUCAUAAGAAAACAUGCACCCUCUUUUCAGCAGCCAUGGAAAAAGCCCUGGCUUCAGGCACCCAGUUCAAAGACAACUGCACCCUAACUCUGUGUAAUCGAGUCAAUGCUUCAGUCAUAUCAUCAUUACAAACACUGUUGUUUCAUAAUUCAUGCAGCAGCUGGGGUAAUACCAGCCUUGAAAUAAAGUGCAACUAUUCCCAUGUG